GUUCAGAUAUUGGUUUGGCUACUGAAGUAGGAUAUUUUUAUCAGUGCACGGCGCGCGCUUAUAGUGCUAGUUUGUGUCGUUUGGGUUCUGUGACUGUCUGUGUUGCCCGAGCGAAUGAAUGAGGUACUAACUACGCGCGUGAACGUAUAAAUCACAGUAGUUAAAUCGCUAUUAUUUAUUUGGCAACACAUAUAUGGCACAAUAUUUAAAUAGUUAUAGGUGAAAUAAACUUUAUAAGUUAACUAGAAAAGAUGCCUACUUUUUACAAACUUUAAAAUAUCGAAAGUAACUUUCGUAAAUGCAUCAAAAUAAAUCCCAAGCUUUGAGCUGUCAAAGUCAAUGACUGUCAGCCAAAAAUCUUAAAUGUCAAAUUUCUUGUUUUGAUUUUACGUGAUAUUGUUUUGUGAGUAUUUAAUUUAAAUUAAAACAAUUGAAGAUCUGAUAAAAACUUUAAUCGUAGAUAUUUAAGUGUCAGAGAUUUGUGUAUUGUGAAGUGAAACAAUAUUUGUGCUUCGAACAUUGGUAUAUAAUAUUUUUUCCCGUUGGCAUUUACCCAGAUUUCUUGAUUUAUUUGAGUGAUUUGUGAAUCAAAAUCGUGAUAUCUGCAAUUAUCAGCACAACAUACCGAGUGAUGUUUGCAGCGGACGGGCGUCUGAACACUGCCUUAUAGUGAGAUGGUGGCCUAGCCCUACCAUGUCGCUGGACCUGUCCCGCUGCGGCGCGGGCGUGGGCCGGCUGCGGCGCGCGCUGCUGCUGCUGGCCGCGCUGGCCUGCUCCGCCGCCGCCGUGCUGUACUGGCGCCAGCAGAGCGACGACCAGGGGAACCGGCCCGUGUCGGCGGCGUACUCGAAUGGAGAGCCUCAGUGGUCGUGGGUGUGUCGCGAGGACCGCUGCGAGCGGCGCGCGGCGGCCGAGGCGGGCGUGCUGCAGUCGCUGCAGACGUGCAACAUGCUGUGCGCGUCCACGCAGCUGUGGCCGCAGCCCACGGGCGCCGUGAGCCUCGCCACCGCCGCCGUGCGCGUGCGCGCCGCUGACUUCACGCUCCACGUGGCGCACUCGCCCGCGCCCGCCGUCACCGCGCUGCUGCACGAGGCCUUCGCGCUGCUGCAGCGCGACCUGCGGCGCCUGGAGGCGGGCGCGGGGGCGGGGGCGGCGCGCGGGGGCGGCGGGGGCGAGGCGCCGCGGCCCGUGCACGUGCGCGUGGCGGUGAACGGCUCGGCGGACCCGCGCCUGCGCCUGGACACGGACGAGUCCUACUCGCUGCGGCUGCGCGCGGACGGCGCCCGCCUGCUGGCCGACGUGGCCGCGCAGUCGUUCUGUGGCGCGCGCCACGGGCUCGAGACGCUGUCGCAGCUCGUGUGGCUGGACCCGCUGGCCGGCGGGCUGCUGGCCCUGCGCGCCGCCGCCGUGCAGGACGCGCCGCGCUUCCCCUACCGCGGCCUCAUGCUCGACACGGCGCGGAACUUCUUCCCGCUCGAGGACCUCAUGCGCACCGUGGACGCCAUGGCCGCGUCCAAGCUCAACACGUUCCACUGGCACGUGUCGGACUCGCAGUCGUUCCCGCUGCGGCUGCAGAGCGUGCCGGAGCUGGCGCGGCACGGCGCGUACGGCCCGGGCGCCACGUACAGCACGAGCGACGUGCGCGCGCUGGUGCGGCACGCGCGGGCGCGCGGCGUGCGCGUGCUGCUGGAGGUGGACGCGCCGGCGCACGUGGGGCGCGCGUGGGGCUGGGGCGAGGCGGCGGGGCUGGGCGCGCUGGCGCACUGCGUGGAGGCGCAGCCCUGGGCCGCCUACUGCGGGGAGCCGCCGUGCGGGCAGCUCAACCCGCGCAACCCGCACGUGUACACGCUACUAGAGCGGGUCUACGCGGAGCUGCUGGCGCUCACGGACACCACGGACGUGUUCCACCUCGGCGGGGACGAGGUGUCGCUGGCGUGCUGGCAGCGCCACCACAACGAGUCCGACCCCAUGGAGCUAUGGAUGGAGUUCACGCGCGGCGCGCUGGCGGCGCUGGCGCGGGCGGCGGGGGGGCGCGCGCCGCCGCUCGUGCUGCUGUGGUCGUCGCCGCUGACGCGCUCGCCGUACCUGGAGCGGCUGGACGCGGCGGCGCUGGGCGUGCAGGUGUGGGGCGGCUCGGCGUGGCCCGAGUCGGCGGCGGCGCUGGACGCGGGCUGGCGCGCGGUGCUGUCGCACGUGGACGCGUGGUACCUGGACUGCGGGUUCGGCUCGUGGCGCGACAGCGGCGACGGCGCGUGCAACACGUACCGCACGUGGCAGCACGUGUACGAGCACCGGCCGUGGGCGGGGCAGGGCGCGUGGCGCGUGGCGGGCGGCGCGGCGUGCCAGUGGUCGGAGCAGCUGGGCGCGGGCGGGCUGGACGCGCGCGUGUGGCCGCGGGCGGCGGCGCUGGGCGAGCGGCUGUGGGCGGACCCGGACACGGGCCCGGCGGGCGCGGCGCCCGACGUGUACCUGCGGCUGGACACGCACGCGGCGCGGCUGGCGGCGCGGGGCGUGCGGCCCGCCGCGCUGUGGCCCCGCUGGUGCACGGAGAACCCCUACGCCUGCCACUAGGACCCACCGCUGACCACACGUGAUGUGAUAGCGAGAAUCUAUUGCCUGGUGACUGGUGAGUCCAAGUACUAAAUCUAGCUGUGUCAAACGUGCACAAUGUUCUCCCUACAGCUCAACUUGUGUGCCCUGUAGUACCCUACAUGGUGGUCUGGCAUGAAGGGAUCCAGUCCUAGACUGAGGCAAAAGUACUUUAGUCGAAGCUCGCUCUAGCUCUAGCUACUCUAUAGAUAUGCUGAUAUUAUUAGUGAACUAUCUACAAAUAACUGUUACCAUUAUUAUUAGCAAUGAAACUUCAAUCAGUACUCACAAAUAUUUUAUAAGAAAAAGACAUGUCAGCCUCGUUACCUACUUCAGAUUAAAGAGGCAACGAUAAAGGUAAAAACUACGAACAUAAAAUGAAAUAACUUGAAGAUUUUGUAACAUGAAAUUUAGUUACAGCAUGUUUGCUUACAGCCUAGGAUAUAAGUUUAAAACAAUCUACUUAGGUAUAGUUAUAGCUGUGAUUUGUUUCAUAACACGCAUAGAACCUUGCUAGGUACUAGAUACUUAUAGAACAAUAUAAAAUUGUCAAGGUGUUUUAG